AUGGCCCUCUUCGCAGGGGUGUCAUUAGCCUCAAACUGGCAGGGAUAUCAGGAGGUCGUCGGUCUUCAUGACCAACCUGUGGGUGGACAAGACCUGCCUCAUCCACUAUGGCUUCGGCGAGGAAGUGUGCGCCAAGUUGGACUCGGGAACGUACCCGCAGCAGCAGGACACGGUGCAGCGUCUGGUGAAUCAGUACAAUGUAUACAGGCACAUCGUGGAAUACCUGCCGGCCCUCGGGGUGGUGCUGCUCCUGGGGGCGUGGAGCGACUGGCGCGGCCGCCGACUGCCCAUUCUCGUGCCCGCGUUGGGGCAGCUCCUGCUGGGCCUGGGGCUGGUGGCCAACUCCUACUGGUGGUCCCUCUCUCCCGCCUUCAUCCUGCUGGCCUACCUCCCCGCGGGCUUGACCGGCGCCACCGUGGGGCUGUUCAUGGGCGUCUACGCCUACGUAAGCGCGACGUCCACUCCAAAGGCUCGCACGACGCGCAUGGCCGUCGUGGGCGUCAUCCUCUUCCUCGCGUCCCCGGUAGGCAAGUACUUCGGGGCCGUCCUCUACGCCCGCGGCGGAUACGUCGCCGUUUUCGGAACUAUGGUGACGCUGGACUUCCUCGGCGUCCUCUACAUCCUGGCGCGCCUCGAGGAGCACCCUGGGGGCGCCAGGGCCGAGACCUCGAGCAAGGCGGGCGUGUGCGAGGCCCUCUCGCCCGCCCACUUGAAAGAUACGCUGCUGGCGGUGUGGCGGCCUCGCGCGAGGGGCGCGCGCGCACGCACAUUCUGGUGCACAUUUUCAACUGCUGCGUCCAGGUGUUCAACUUCGGUCUGAUGAACUAUGACUUCCUGUACACACGCAAAAAAUUCUCCUGGGAUUAUAAUAGCUUUACUUUGUGGUCUAUCGUGAGCACGCCGCUCUCCUCUGUGGGCACGAUUGUGGUGAUGCCUCUCCUCAGCUACUACUUCAGGGUCGAGGACUCCAUGCUUGGCUUUGCGGGGGGCGUGUCCUCUCUCUUCACGUACGUGCUGAGGGCCACCGCGCCGGCACCCUGGGUUUUCUACCUGUCCUCGGUUGUGAGUCUCCUUUCGAGCACCGUCCUGGUCGCCUCUCGAGCCGCUGUGUCCAAGCUGGCGGAAACGACCGAACUGGGCGCUGUGUUCGCUGUCCUCGCGGCUUCAGAGGCUGUUAUCCCUGUGCUCUCGUCCUUCGUGUACACCUACAUAUAUAACGCCACGCUGGAGACCUUUCCGGGUACGAUCUACGUCACAGCGGCCGUGGGGAGUGUCGUCGUCUGCUGUAGCUACACAUGGCUGCUAACCCAUGGAGUGAGCAAGUUCCCCUACAGUCAAAUUCCACCCUCGUAAGAUUUUACUUCGGUCACAAAAACAGUGUCAGUUAUAUAACCUUGAAAAAAAAAAAUUUCUUUAUACCUGACUUCGGUUUAGUCUAAAAGGAAGGGAACAUUGGUAGUUUAGAUUCCGUAAACUUAUAUCUUAACUUAACUUAUUAAGAUAUAAAUAACUGGAUGCACCCAGGGCUAAAUUAAAAAAUCUGCAUAUUCGGUACAAAUAUUAGAAUUAUGACCAUUAGCAUCUGAAUAACUUCACUGACACGUAAGUACCUGAUUCUAUAUAUAUAUUAUUUUGUUAAUAUGAUGUCUCUAAAUGUAUGACCAUGUGAAUCUCUAGGUUUAUCACAUUAUCAAAAAUAAUAUCUAAUAAAAAAAAAUUAAUG